ACAUAAAUUUUUUUUUAUUAUUAUAACCUUUUUUAUCCUUCCUCUUCCUUAUCCUUUCAUACCCUCCCAUUAUUUACACUUCCCUCACCCCUCAAUCUAUCCAAACAGACCCUAAGUAAAUUCGUAAUCCUAGCUUAAGCUAUUGGCAGUAGUAAUCUCCAAUUACUUAUCUCUUCUCAAGAAACACAACCCUUAAGCUACUAGUAGUAAUCUCCAAUUCCACAUUUCUCUUCAAGAAACACAACUUUUCGGUCGCAAAAAACUAAUGUUUUCUUCAACCAUGGAAGCCAUCAUCUCCGUGGUGGUCAUAUCCUCCUCCUCCUCUUCUGCUCCUAGGAAGCCAAAACAUGAUUCUAAAUGGUACGCAAUGAUCAAGCGACGCAAUGCUUUUAAGAGGAAAAAGAAGACUCCAGUCGUUUGUUUCGAAAGGGCUACAACUUUGGAAGCCUCUCAUGGGCUUUCAUGGGUUCGAGUUUGCUUGCUUGGCAAAGGAGGAUUUGGUUCUGUCUUUUAUGCUAAAACAAGAACAACCAUCAAUCAGGGAACUCAUCUUCCUCCUCAAAUGGCAGUCAAAUCUGCAAUUAUGGAUCAAUCAUCUUCAUUAAAGCAUGAGAAACAAGUUCUCUGUGAUCUUACUUCCAGUCCGUACGUGGUUCGUUGUUAUGGAGACGAAGUCACACAUAUGGCUAAUGGGGUGAAAGUAUAUAACUUACUCUUGGAGUACUGUUCGGGACUUAGUUUAGAACGACAAAUAAGAUUAUCCGGUUUUGGGUUGGCUGAUUCUGAUGUUAAGUAUUAUUCAAGAGACGUUCUUCAGGGGUUGAAGUACAUUCAUUGUCGUGGCUACAUCCAUUGCGAUAUCAAGCCGGACAACAUUUUGCUGGUGCCUGGUAAUGGAGAAAGGAAGGGAACUUUUGUAGCAAAGCUUGCGGACUUCGGAUUGGCUGAGGCAGUGAAUGAAGAGCGCCAUGAUUUGAGGGGCACAACCAGAUAUAUGUCUCCAGAAUUGGUGAGAGAAAAAAAGAUUGGGUAUGCUACAGACAUUUGGGCCUUUGGAUGUGCUGUGUUGGAGAUGCUAACUGGAAAACCAGCCUGGGAGUAUUCAGAAGUUGAAGAUCUUCUGUGGGUGAUUGGAUAUACAGAUGAACUGCCUCAAAUACCCAGUAAUGUAUCAGAAGAUGCAAAGGAUUUUCUGAGCCGAUGUUUUGUUCGUACUGCUGCUCAUAGAUGGUCUGCUGAUUGCUUACUAGAGCAUCCAUUCCUCUCUGUGAACUAGGGGUGGAGAAACUCUAAUAUCUGCAAAUAGGCAUGGAAUGUAAUAUGUUGACAAUUUUGCUUUCGUGUUGUUUUUCCCUGUACUUCUAACCUCUCCAUAUAUCAUCCCCUCAUCACAAGCUAGUGUUCCCUAAAGAUCUCUGAUAAAAUGUAAAUUUAGUUGAUUUUCCCCAUCAUUUUCCCUUUUAUUUGUUCUAAUUUUUCCAAUGAUAACUUUAAAA